GCGGGGGGACCCCGCGGUGGAGGCGGCGGGCGCGGGGCUCGGGUUACACGGGAAAGGGGCUUGGCCAGGCGGGGGGCGGGGGGCGGAGGGUCCUUUUCUCUCUCUCGUUCUCUCCCUCUGCCUUUUUUUUUUCCCUUCUCCCUCCCGAGCUCUUUGUGUCCCCCCCCCCUCCCCUCCUCUCGCCCCCCCCCUCAGCCCCCAGCCCCCUCCCAAGCCUUUGUUAGCCAUGCCUAGCCUGGUAGUCCCAGGGAUAAUGGAAAGGAACGGGGGUUUCGGCGAUUUAGGCUGUUUCGGUGGGAGCGGCAAAGACAGAGCGCUGCUGGAGGAUGACCGGGCGCUGCAGCUCGCCCUGGACCAGCUCUGUCUGCUGGGGCUAGGCGAGCCUUCCUCCUCCUCCUCCUCCUCGGCCGUGGUGCUCGUGGAGGACAGCAACAACAACAACAAUAACCCGCCGCCGCCGCCGCCGCAGCAGCCCCCGCCGCCGCCGCCGCCGCCGCAGCAGCCGCCGCCGCCGCCGCCGCCGCCGCCCCCGGCGGCCCCGAAGGGCUCGGCGGCGCCCAGCGCCGGGGCGGCGGAGCCCAAGUUGUGCGCGCUCUACAAGGAGGCCGAGCUGCGGCUCAAGAGCAGCUCCAACACCACCGAGUGCGUCCCGGUGCCCAGCUCCGAGCACGUGGCCGAGAUCGUGGGACGGCAAGGCUGCAAGAUCAAAGCCCUGCGGGCGAAGACCAACACCUACAUCAAGACCCCGGUGCGGGGCGAGGAGCCAGUCUUCAUGGUGACGGGGCGGCGGGAGGAUGUGGCCAUGGCCCGGCGGGAGAUCAUCUCUGCGGCUGAGCACUUCUCCAUGAUCAGGGCCUCCCGCAACAAGGCAGGCACCACCUUCGGCAGCGCGCCCACCCUGCCGGGGCAGGUCACCAUCCGGGUGCGUGUGCCCUACCGCGUGGUGGGGCUGGUGGUGGGCCCCAAGGGAGCCACCAUCAAGCGGAUCCAGCAGCAGACCAACACCUACAUCAUCACGCCCAGCCGGGACCGGGAUCCCGUUUUCGAGAUCACUGGUGCACCAGGCAACGUGGAGCGCGCCCGGGAGGAGAUCGAGACCCACAUUGCGGUGAGGACGGGCAAGAUCCUGGAGUACAACAACGAGAACGACUUCCUCUCUAGCAGCCCUGACUCUGGCAUGGAGAACCGCUACUCGGAGGCCUGGCGGGUCCACACGCCGGCGCCGGGCUGCAAACCCCUCUCCACCUUCCGGCAGAACAGCCUGGGCUGCAUCGGCGACUGCUCUGUUGACCCUGUCUACGAGACCCCCCGGCUGAACGACCAAAAUGACUUCAAUUACGGUUACCUCUUCCCCAACUACGGCGUGAACAAGCAGGAUCUGUACUACGGGGUGCCGGAGUCGGGGGCCCCGAUGUGGGCUGGCCAGGAGAACACCAACCCUGUCUCGGUGCUCUUCUCGAAGCAGCAGCGCUCCAGCAGCACUGGCACCAUCCACCCCAACUCCCACCGCUCCCCGUCCUCCUCCAUCCCAGAGCCCAGCCUCUCUGGGCUGCCCAGGAGGUCGCAGGGGGAGCCGCUCCAGGGGUUUUCCAAGCUGGGAACGCCGGCCGCUGCCCGGACAUCCGUUGCCAGCAGCCGCGAGUGCAUGGUGUGCUUCGAAAGCGAGGUCACAGCUGCGCUGGUGCCGUGCGGCCACAACCUCUUCUGUAUGGAGUGUGCCGUGAGGAUCUGCGAGAGGACUGAUCCGGAGUGCCCGGUUUGCCACGCAGCAGCCACUCAGGCCAUUAGAAUAUUUUCCUAAAGAGACAGAGCAGGGCACUGGGGGGUGGGGGGUAGGAAGGGAGCGUGGGGGGGGUCCACGAAAGAAAAAUGCUGAUGAUAAUAAUAAUAAUAAUAAUAAUGAUAAUAAUAAUAAUGACAUCUGAAGAACAAACAAAUGAAUGAAAGAAUAAAUUAAUUUAAAGAAGAAGAAGAAGAAAAAGAAAGAAAUUAUUUUACAAGCAAUGUAUGUUAUUUUUUAAAAAAGAAUAAGUGAAUAAUAAAAUUAAAAUGAAUAGCAAAGCCAGAAAUUUUGAAGGGCGAACAAUGCUCCAGCCUGCAAUGUCUUUUGUAAACCAAGUACUCUGAACGCACACUCGGAUCUUGCAAGCAAAGCGGUUUAGUUCAGUUUUUUUUGGUGGUGAGAUUGGGACUUCUCAGCGAUGACCAAGCCAGGCCACCUGGAUCAGCCAGGAAGGGAGCAGGGACACGAGGAGGACCCUGCCAGCCUUUCUCCAGCCAUGUUCAACCUUUGUCUUGGCCUGAAGCCCCCACUCUCCUCUCCCCCAGGGAUGUCAGCCCAACUGGGAACUCGGAAAGAAACAAACAGAAAGAAAAGAAAACGGAUGAUGGGGAGUUAGAAGAACAAGAAAGAAAACAUCAACCUCUGGGAACCUGUUAGAAUGAGGGCACAACUGUAUUACCUCAAAGAUUUAAACAAAAAAAAUCAACAGCUAAAGAACUUUUAUUGUUUUCCUUUUUUUAAAAAAAAAACAAACAAAAAACCACAAAAAAAAAGAAAAUGAAAAAAAGAAGGUGAAGAAAUAAAAACGACGCCGGUGAAACUGAAGAAGGUUUGGAAGAACCUAUUGGGAUCACACCAGGCGACGAGCAUUUAUUUUGUUAUUCUGAGCCACCGUGGAGUCUGGAACUUUGUUCUUUUUUCCUUAUCCGAGCAGGGAUUUGUUCAUCAGCCGAAUCAGGAGUCACUAACAGGGUAUUUCCAAAGCAGUCCCGAGUUCCCAGCCAUGGGGGGAGUGCAUCGACUUCCAUGUUUCCGUAGGUCACUCUUCAUCCUUUUCUCCAAGUGAUGCCAGCUGCAGCUACACGCACCAUGCACACACACACACCCACACACACCACGUUGUGCUUUUCUUUUCUUAAAAAAUAUACCUAUUGCACCAAAACCUAAGAGAGACGAUCAUGCAAUACAGGCAAUGAGCCCAUAUGAAACCAACAUGCAUCCCAACAGAGAGCAAAAAACCCCGAGUUUAUAGAGAUAAUUUUGUUGUUGUUGUUUUUAAACUGGACCAAAACUUUUGUUACCCAAAACCAAGUGGGGGGAAAAAAAAAACAAAAAAAGAAGAAAAAGUAUUUCUUUAUGGACCAAAACCUCUUCAGCUGUCCUUUUCCUGGAUCUUCCUGAGGUUGGCCACUUUUAUAUAUUAUAUUUUUUUCAGAACAAAACAAAACAGAAAAAAAAUUGCCUUGUUGAACAUCCUUUAAUCAUUUCAAGACUCCUGAUUUUGUUAAAUGAGAUACUUUAAACCAUUGGGAAGUGGGAGAGGAUGGGCUUCAGAUCUGGCUCCUGUGCCAACGCACACAAGGUGUAGGCCAGCACCUUCACUCCGUCAGGUUUGUUCAGCCAGUCUGUGGAUGCCAAAAUGCUGUGAUGGUAAAAGAUGUGUUGGAUUGACCUAUCAAGUACCAGUACACCCAGCUAUAAAUAUAUGUGUAUAUAUAUAUAUAGGCACUUAACUAAUCAAGCACCUAUAUAUAUAUAUAUGUGUAUAUAAACCCAUAUAUAUAUAAUUUUUCUCCCACCACCACUGCUUCCCCAUUUCCUACCCCUCGACUUCUACUCACAGAUCCUGGACCCUGAUUUAGAACUGAACCAACAAGUUUCACAACUUGGCAGAGACAGUUCUAACAGCAAAAAAAAAAAAAAAAAGAAAAAAAAUCACAAAAAAAAUCAUGAGAUUUUUUUUUUUUAAAUCCCUUCAGUUACAGGAGACUUUAUUUUCAUCGUAAUAAUGUUCCUGGGAACAUCCCUUCUUCUGCUCAGUGUGCUGCUGCUUGCUCCUGGUUGCUGCCUGAGCCCCCGGUAGGGUGGGCUGGGCCGGCCUCGGUCACCGGCUGCGGUCACCGGAGGGGCUGAGCUCGCCGCACUGGGGCAGGCAGCACCGGUGCUCUGCACUGAUAAAGAUCCACUUUCGAUCUUCAGAUACCAGUUGGAGGGUGUGAAAUGAUGAUGGGAUGAUGGGAUGCCUCCACCGUUUUGUGUCAAUGGUGAAAUAUUCCGUAGAGGCAAGAGGUGGAUGGAGAUGUGGACAAUGUUGCCAGGCUAUGGUGGAUGCUGAUGUUUUGGAAAAAGUAAAGACAAAAGUAAUAAUACCGUGCUAACGGGACACUGUCGGGCAGAACUGGUACUCCUCCCCAGAGCUUUAAGUAAUCCCCAGCCGUGCGUUUCUCCCGGCCCUGUGGUGUGCACAGCCGUUUGCACCAGGACUGGGUUGGAGUGCGAGCACUUCCCGGGCAAAGGCGCCGUGUUUUGGACCCGCCAGUGUGGGGGCUGUGGGGUGACGGAGGGCUGGGGUGCUCUGGACGAACUCCCAGAGCCCCCGUGGCCUGGCACCAUCCUGGGGCAUGGCUGUGGCAGCCAUCCAUCCCCACAGCAGCGCGGCCUCGGCAAAGGCUUCGGAGCCUCGGCCAGCACUGGCCAUGUCCUUCCUAAAACUGGCCCAGUUCUUGUUCAAAAUCUAGCUUCGGUUUGGUCCCAGUAAGAGAAGAGAAGGGAGAGGGUGACAUUCCUGUUCUCUGGCAACCUCUCCCCUCCCCAGUGCCACCUCCUCCAUUGUGUCCCAUCCCCCCACCCCAGGGUUGUAUUUUAUCCGUUCAUUGCGCAAAAUUCUCCCGCUGAUGUCGAGAGAGUGGUUGGGGCAUGAACCUGGGGGGCGGGGGGUACGGGGGGGACCAACCACCCUUCAGAGGGGCGUUCGGAAAUGUUCGUGUUGGUGCUGGAGGGGGCUGAGCUGGAAGCGGCGGCGGCCGCUGUGUUAGUGAGUGAGUAGUCGUUCUUGGCUGAGUGGAGUCUGUUCGUGGUAAUGUGAGCAAGUUCUUGAUCAAUGUCUUUAUUUGAUGCCAGGUUGUGAAGAGGUGGGUGGGAACGGGGAGGGGGGAAGGAGACCCCUAU